GGAGUCUAAUAUUUCUUGAGGCAUUCCAGGCACUCAUAGCACGUCUGCCGAUGUACGAUACAAAGCACAUUGCAUGCCCAUCUCCUAUUCCAUCAAGAACUAACCCAAGAGUAGCAGAUAUCCCACCCCGAAAUACAGAUGGAACGUCUUACAAGCACUAUGAACGUCCAAGUCAAGAAUAAAGUGUCGGAUAACCCGGUAAAGGUUGAAGAAGCCGACGUUUCGAUGAACAGGGGAGAGGAAGAUGUCCAAGUAAAAGCGGAGGAGGAGGUUUCCGCUCUCACCCCUCGACCAUCCUCCCAGCUGCGUUGCGCUCUUUCGGUAGGAGCCUCGAGGAUAUCUUCGCGAUCCCAGAUAUCCUCUUCUAACCUGCCAAUGCAGCAGACUACUGCCCGCCCCGCCAGGCUGGCUGUUCACAGCAACGCUUCUGCCACUGCCCCCUCGGCCGUUUCCGGGUCGGGAACAACAACCAACUUGCCUCCUACCAGGAGCUCUGGAGUUCGUCAAUUUGCCACCACGAAGCCCCAGUCUGUCACCGUCGAGCCAAAGUCAGUCUCCAGGCACCAGCCAGCGUCAAUUUCGGGCCCCAAACUGAUUCUCGACCUUUUGGCUGUCCCGUCAUCUAUUCCUCUGUUGCAACCCGACCAGUACAUGCAGGGCGGACGUAGGCCCGUUAGCCCCAUGAAGAUAACGAAGCCCAUGACUGGACCGGUCCAUCCUGGAGUUGCCGCACCCUUCUGCAAGGAGACCCGAGCUUGGCUCGAUGACAAGCCUCAUGAGGACUGGAUCUACACGACUUCGACCGGGAGCAUCAAGAGGCUGCCUCAGCUGGGCAGCUGUGGCCCUUGGCAAGUUUUUCUGCCUUCCAAGAUGGACACCGCUAUUCACAUCGACCCUUAUAUCGAUCGACUGAGCCAUCUGCUAAAUGUCCAGAUCGAAUCUACCAAAUCUCCCCCCUCUAUCCACGUCAAACUCUUCAAGUCUCAGGUCGCUGAGCAGGCGAAGCACUCGUACUUGCUCGAAGAGCACACAGCUAUGAAAUGGAAGGCCUGGGCGGUUUUGGCUGCUUGGGUCGACCACUUGGUUCGACGCGGCGCCCCGCCAGCCAUUCCUCCCAUUGACCUGGUGAGCUUUGUGAGAAACAAGCUCCUGACAGAGGGUCGACGCGCAAAGGAAACCGCAGUCGGCCUGCUGUACGACCGGCAGGGUGUUGUACUGCUCCCCGAGGGACAUGGCACAUUGCAAAUGCCGAGACUGACUCCUUCUGACCUUAUACCACUGCCUAAGCCGUCUCCGCCUGGUACCCGGAAACCUAGUCUGGUGCCGACCAAAAGACCUCCGCAGGCCUCCAAGUAUGGACACAAGCAUCUGCUUACUGACGACUCCAGCUCCAGCUCGAGCUCGAGCUCGGACUCAAGCCCGGAAGUUCAGACAAAGCGUCUGCGUCGUAGGAACCCAGGGUUCGCGGUUUGUCUGAAGAGAUUGUUAUGAUGAAUAUUUCGCGGGGAAAAGUGAAGAACAACGUGUCUGAGCCAGCUGACACCAAAGGUUGUUCAUACGCUGAGCCCUUUAAUUUCUCGUUGUUAGUUGCCUAGGAGUUAUUAGACACAUCCAAAGAGUAGAGAUAGUAGCAAUACUAAUGGUCACCGAGAGGAUACACAUAUGGUGUGUUUUAUUGAAGUGAUACUGUUUGGGAGGCAUAACGCCAUCCAUCCGAGUUAUUCAACUCGGUACAGUCGAGUUCUCUGAUACCUGUUUUCUUUGACAGUAUGCAAGUGAUCAGAAUCAUGCACGGC